AUGGCUGAAAAAGGUGUUAAUGAUUUUAAUUUUACAGCUAGAGGUGAUCAUCUGCCUCAGCAGACUCAAGAGAAUCCCCCUGGGAAUUUUCAAGAGCUGCCGUUAGAUGGUGGUCAAGAUCGGAAAUCAUCGUCGACCGAUGGUGUUUCCAACAACGUCGAAUUCAAUACACAAACAAAUGCGCACGAGUCGUGGGCUGACUUUCCAGAAUCAGACCAGAUGGAUACUGAUUCAUCUGAAUACCCAUCAGAAGAAGAAAACGAAGAAGGAAAGAUCUCCAAAGGUCCAUAUCAUGCUUUUAAAAACUUCAGUACUGAAGAAUACUUUACACCGGAAACCGCAACAAACAAAGUUGUGGACAAUACUACCCCAUCUCAAACUACACAAUCAAUUAAUCAAAACUCUACAACAUAUGCCUCAGUGGCAGCCAACUACAAAUCUAACUUGGUAAAAAGUCAAGAAAAAAAAGAAGAAGAGAGAAUGGGACACUUUAAUGUUCCAAAGGAAGCCUUUGAAGAUUUAAAAAGACAUAAUGAUACAGUGUUCCCUAGAGGACUCGUUACAGCUGAUAUUGCCCACCUCAUUAACAAAUAUGGCGGGGUGGUUGUUUACCACACAAUUGCAAGAACAAUUGAGAACAGUAUUAAAGAAACUAAAGGUUUCUUAAAUAACUAUUCAGAGGAUGCAAUGAAGACGGCAUUUAAAUACUUUAACUUGAAGCUCUCUGUUUCUGACAAAAAAACGAAAGACACCUGUGAAGAAAUAUUGGGAAUGAGGGAGGAAGUUAUGUUCCUCCAAAGAACAAUGGAUUUCCAUUUUGUUCAAAAAGUCAUGUGUUUUGCUCCCUUCUCGGAUGAGCAUAUGGAAAAGGAUCUCACUGAACCAAUAAAAACAAUUACGAACAUAAUUGAAUCUUUAGAUUUUGAUUUUAAUGGGAUUGUGGAAAAAAUCAAAAUCGACAGUACAAAACGGAACAGACAGUUGGUGGCUUUCCGUACACCCAUGUCAAUAAAGACACAAGCAAAACAAAAAUUUCAAAAAUUAUUUUUGAAUAAAGAAGAUGUGAUUGUGCAACAGUACACACCAGAAGUUCUGGUGUUGCAAAUGACUGGGGAGGACCCUCAAAAAGUGGACCCGAACGUGGUAUGUUACUUUAUUGUAGACAUAUAUUCUGGACAGGUUCCAAAAAGAAGAAUCAAAAAAGUCAACGAUAAGGGUGAAGAAAUCAUGGAUUCUUGUACUUCAAGAGUUUUAUCGAACUGUAAAUAUUGUGAAUAUUGCAGAUCGAUAAAUCAUACCAAAUACAACUGUCCCCUCAUCAAGCCUUGCGCCAAUUGCGGUAUAAAGGGACAUAAAACCACUAGCUUUGAAAAAACUACGCCGGCUCCAAAGAGGGUUUUAAAAAAGCCGGAGACUAAACAAUACUUCCCAGCUCUACCAACCAAGGUGGGUAAAGGAAAGCCAACUGAAGAGCUUCAAAGAAGAAGUAGUUCUGAAUCAAACAAAGAAAAAGAUUCUUCUUCUACAAAAGAAGAUAACAUAGAACAUGAGGUUAUUACACCGGAAAGACCUCAGAAAACUACCCAGCCGGUUUCAACACUGGUUCCAAUUACUGACCCCAAGGGAGAUUCAGUAAAAACUAGUUACAAUACAGAAACGAAAAAAAAAAACAAGACAGCUGGUAUCAUAGAAAUGGAUACCAAUAAGGACACCAUUUCUUCCAAUGAUGAAGCGUCUCCGAGGAAGAAAAAUAAUUCCACAGGUCAGCCGCGCAGUCCUACCAAGGACCCAGGGUUACACCUGUCACCGAACCUCCAGUAG